AAAAUAAACUUUUCGUUUUAUUAAAGCGCAUGACAGUCAAAUAGAAAGUAGAAACAUAGAUAACACAAUAUAUUUUGUCUGUAUUUCAAAGAUCCCAUCGUAACGAAAUGGAUGCUGAUGGGCUUCCACUUGUUGGGCCAGGCGUAGACUACACAAAGGUAGAAUGUAUUAAUCAGAAGAGAAUGGUUGCAUUUCUCAAUCAUUUUGUGAGUCACACUGCCGGAUUCCUGAACAGGUUCUCAUGUGUUUGUGAGGAGAAACUGGAGCAUUUGUCACACAGAAUGCAACAACUUGAAAUCACUAUGAGUCUUCUAGAAGCUAAGAUUUCAUCUAUACCUGGAUUAGAAAACGUUACAGCAGCUAGUAGCUCCACCAGCGGACCCACACCAACUACCUCUGAUGGCGCAGGAGCCACAGCACCUCCUCCAGCCCCCUCUGUCCCAACCAGCGCCGAGCCACCCGCUGAACAGCCUACGGGGGAUAAUGCCCCUCCGCCCCCACAACCUGAGCCCGUAGCCAGCAAUCCUGUAUCACAAGAUCCAAGAUUUGUUAAAUAUUUCAAAAUGGUGAAAAUGGGAGUUCCCGAGUCUGCUGUAAAAAUGAAGAUGUCAGCAGAAGGGUUGAACCCUGACCUACUAGAUGAUCCGGAUGCCCCUGCCCCAGCUGGUGGAGCAGAUAAUAAUGAUGAUGAUGAUGACUUUAGUGAUAGUAGUGACAACCAAUCAGAUGACAGUGAUGAUUUUGAUUGACAGGCUUGAUUCUAUAUUUAGGAACAAAUUGAAAUAUGAUAUAUA